AUGGAGCUCCUCUUUGCUUCAGAUGCAUUCAUCCCUAAUUAUAAUUGUCAUCUCCAAAAUAAUCUAAUAGCCAUCAUUGGGGGACCAAGUUCUGUUGCUUUUCUUGAUAUGGCUACCAUCGUGACACCUUACAAGUUUGUACAAGUUGCAUGUAGCUCUACUCUAGAAAUCAAGACCGAAACUUCAUUGAAUUUUUUUUACUGGAUGUUCCCAAAUGCAAUUAGUCAGUACAAAGGAUUUCUCCAAAUUCUUCUGCAUUUUGGAUGGACCUGGAUUGGGCUAUUUUUCCUUGACAUUGGCAACAUAGCAGAUAUUUUAUGGAGGAAUAUCCUUCCCAUGUUUUCCAAAAGAGGUGUCUGCUUUGAAUUUAUAGAAAAAAUGCCAGGUGCCUUUCUCAGCGACGAUGAAAAAACUGUUCGUAGAUCCCAUGCCAUAUUAAACACAGUUUUCAACAGCACAACUAACAUUGUGUUGCUUCAUGGGGAAUUUCAGAGUAUAUUAAAUUUAAGGUUUUUACUCAACCUGUUGGAAUUUAGUAAUGUAGAUUAUGGUACCAAAGUCUGGGUGAUGACGGCAGAUGUUGACUUCUCAUCGGUUCUCUUUCAAAAGAGUUGGGACAUUAAUUUCAUGCGUGGAGCUCUGUCCCUGUCAGUACAAUCAGUGGAGAUACCAGGGUUCCAAAAUUUUGUUCAGAUGAGAAACCCAAAUUUGGAUAAAGAAGACAGCUUUUUAAAAGAAUUCUGGCAACAGACGUUUAAUUGUAUAUUCCCAAUGACUUCUAUGGAGGAAGAGGGUGAGACUCUCUGUACUGGGGAGGAGAAACUGGAAAAUCUCCCCAUGACUGUGUUUGAAACCAGCAUGACUGUCCACAGCUACAGUGUCUACACUGCUGUCUAUGCAAUCGCACAUGCUUUGCAUAGUCUGUACUCUUUCCAAGGCCAACAAAGGGUUAUGAAGAGGCAGGAAUUUCUCAGUCAAGAUUCAUGGAAGGAAAGACCCUUGUCACUCUGCAAUGAGAAAUGCCAAUCAGGUUACAGAAAGACCAAAAUUGAAGGAAAAUUGUUUUGCUGCUAUGAUUGCACUCCAUGUCCAAAGGGGAAGAUCUCAGACCAGACAGAUAUGGACGAUUGCUUCCAAUGCCCAGAAGAUCAAUAUCCAAACAAUGAACAGGAUUUAUGCAUGCCAAAGCAUGUAAGUUAUCUAUCUUAUGGAGACCGGUUGGCGACAGGUUUAGCCACAUCAGCUCUUGUGCUUUCUUUUAUCACAGUUGUUGUGCUAGGAAUCUUCUUGAAGUACCACAACACUCCCCUCGUCAAAGCCAACAACCGCAGCCUCUCCUACACCCUUCUUCUAUCCCUCCUCCUCUCCUUCCUUUGUUCUCUGCUUUUCCUCGGUCGACCCACGAAUGUGACUUGUCUCCUUCGACAGACUGCUUUUGGGAUCAUCUUCUCAGUGGCUGUUUCUUGCAUGUUGGCCAAAACCAUCACUGUGGUUCUUGCUUUCAUGGCCACCAAGCCAGGAUCAAAGAUGCGAACCUGGGUUGGGAAAAGACUGGCCCUUUCCAUUGUUCUUUCCUGUUCUCUUAUUCAAAGUACUUUUUGUAUUGUAUGGCUUGGAAUUUCUCCCCCCUUCCCAGACUUUGAUGUGUGGUCCAUAAAUAGUGAAAUAAUUAUAGAAUGUAAUGAAGGUUCGGUGGCAAUGUUUUAUUCUGUGUUAGGUUUUAUGGGCUUCCUGGCCUUUAUUAGUUUUGUUGCAGCUUUCCUAGCCAGGAAACUACCAGACACUUUCCAGGAAACCAAGUCGAUUACUUUCAGCAUGCUGGUGUUUUGCAGUGUCUGGUUAUCUUUUGUGCCUGCCUACAUAAGCACCAAAGGAAAAUACACGAUAGCUGUGGAGAUCUUUGCCAUCUUGGCCUCUAGUGCUGGGCUCCUGGCUUUUAUCUUUUUCCCCAAAUGUUACAUCAUUAUAAUUAGACCAGAUCUUAAUAAAAAGGAGCAAUUAAUAAAAAGAGCAAAUUAA